AUGCAGGCCGCCGCCUUGACGCUCGCCCUUGCCGGGCUUGUCUCUGCCGGCUACCCGGGCGGCUACCCGGGCUACCCCAUGGCGUCUUCGGUCACCACGACCUCCACUGCGCCGGCCUACCCGGUUGAGACCUACCCCGGCGAGUCUUCAUCCGAGUCGUCUCCGACUGUGGCCACUACGACCUCCGUUGUGCCGACCUAUCCGGCGGAGACCUACCCGGUCAGCUCUUCUACCGAGUCUUUGACUGCCUCCAGCUCGACCCCUACUAUACCGGGCUACCCCGUCGGCUCGUCGUCCGAGUCUUCGACUGUUGUUAGCUCGACUUCCGUUGUGCCCGGUUACCCCGUCGGGUCUUCAUCCGAGUCUUCCACUACCGCUAGCUCGACCUCCGUUGUGCCUGGCUACCCCGUCGGGUCGUCAUCCGAGUCUUCGACUGUUGUCAGCUCGACUUCCGUUGUGCCGACCUACCCGGGUGAGACCUACCCGGGUGAGACCUACCCGGGUGAGACCUACCCGGCGUCCAGCACCUCCGUUGUGCCCACCUACCCUGCGUCGUCCUACCCGGCUUCGUCCUACCCGAUAUCAUCCAGCACCCCGGUGACCUCUACCUGGGGCACGAUGACCUACCCGGUCGUCAACACGACCACCAUCGGGUUCCCAACCACCUUCCCCGCAUACCCGACCGUGACCACUUCAACCGCCACGAGCACCUACGUCAGCACCAUCAUCUCAUGUGCUCCCACCGUCACCAACUGCCCGGCUCGCCCUGGAGUCCCUUACGUGACCACGGUGACCACCGAGUACGUGACCACUUGCCCCGUUACGGAAAUCCCAACCAUCGCCAUCACCACUUCAACCGCCACGAGCACUUACGUCAGCACCAUCACCUCGUGUGCCCCCGAGGUCACGAACUGCCCCGGUAGCCCCAGCACCCCCUACGAGACUACGGUGACCACCGAGUACCUCACCACCUGCCCGGUCACCGUAUACCCUACCACCACUCCGGUGGCCGUCAGCCCGGUCACCAGCCCGGUCAACGUCUACCCGACCACCACCCCGGUGAGCGUCGUCUACCCUACCACCACCCCGGUGAGCGUCGUCUACCCUACCACCACCCCGGUGACCCUGUCCACCGGCACCGGCUACCCCUCCGUCUCGUGCCCCGAGACCACCAUCACCUCGACCCUGUACGCCACGUCCAGCUACCCCGUCACCUCGUGCCCCGGCACCGGUCCUGACUGCACCGUCGGCUCCACCACCUCGACCGUGUACCCCACGGGCACGACCUGCUACACGUCGACUCUGUCCAGCAUGACCACCAUCGUGCCAUACCCGACCGCUCCCGGCGGCUCCCCCAGUGAGACUACUUCUGUGGUUGGCUCUGGUGUCCUGCCCCCCAAGCCUACCACCAGCGCCGCUGGCUACCCCACUGGCCCGGCCUCCACGCCUAUCCCUACUGCUGCCGCUGGCCAGCUGGAGCGCGGCAUGGAGAUGAUGGUUGGUGUGGCUGGUGUUCUGGCUGUUGCUUUGUUGUAA